AUGAAUUCCACACGUAAUUCACUUUCACUUAAGUCUUCAAAUCUGAAAGGGUUUUUCGUUGAUGACGUAGCAGUUCUGCAAAUGGUUCAGAAGAAGAUGAACGGUAUUUUCUACAGUAAUCACUUGUUGCAGAUGAAGAAAGAACACAUCGAUGGAUUAGUCGAAGAUAAAUUUCAACCAGUCCGCGAUUCAUUCAGAUUGACAAAUGUGAUGAAGUACACUUGUUUCAGGCGAAAUUUCUCGGAUGGCUGGGAACGUGGUGGAGCUGCGUUUGCUGUUUAUCAUCAUGGCAAGUUGGUCGUCGAUUUAUGGGGCGGAUAUGCAGACGAAUCUUGUAAUCGUCGUUGGAAUGACGACACGAUUACGGUGUUGUUCAGCUGCACAAAGAGUGUGGCCGCCAUCUGCAUGGCGAUGUUAGUCGAUCGAGGUCUGUGUGACUACAGUGAUAAGGUGACACGGUAUUGGCCGGAAUUCGGACAACACGGUAAACAUGACAUCACCAUUGAAAUGAUACUUUCACAUAAGGCCGGGUUGCCGUAUUUUGAGCACGCGAUAACCUUAGCUGAUCUUACUGAUGGCCUUCGUAUGGCAACAAUUAUCGAGGAGGAAAAACCUAAAUAUGAACCAGGAGUAAAAACUGUCUAUCAUGUGUUAACAUUCGGAUGGCUAAUCGAUCAGGUUCGUGAAUACGUUCUUUCUUCGGAAAAUUUCUCAGUCUGCAAUAUAUGA